CUCUCCCUCGCUAUCACUUUUAUAACUUGCAGCCUGUUGUGAGAAUCAGAAAAAGCUCAACGCGGCAUUACUACGUUGACAUUAGUAACCGCGCACGGGCUCGCGGAAACUAAUACUAUAUUUUUUAACAUUAAAAUUGUAUUAGUGAUCUAACGUCAUACUGUUCGGACGUUUUUAAACGUUGUGUAAAAGAUUUAAGAACAUAAAAAGGAAUUAAAUUAUUCCAGUAAUUUUUUUUUUUUAUUUGAGAGCAACCUUUUUGAUUACUGAUUACAAAAGCGUUUCAAUAUUUCAACGAUGAUUUUUAGAUCGUCUACUAAUCUGGUGAUUAGCCUAGCUUUCAUUGUCUUGUUCAGACCAGCUAAAACUAUUGAUCUUGCCCGAUUUUAUGGACACGUACAUUCCAAACGUUCAGGAGAUGCUUGUCACCCUUACGAGCCAUUCAAAUGCCCGGGAGAGGCAACGUGUAUCUCUAUUCAGUAUUUAUGUGAUGGGGCUCCAGAUUGUCGAGACGGAUACGAUGAAGAUCCUCGACUUUGUACAGCUGCUAGGAGACCACCCGUAGAAGAAACUGCUAGCUUUCUGCAAUCUCUUCUGGCAAGUCAUGGUCCAAAUUAUCUCGAAAAACUUUUUGGCAGUAAGGCAAGAGAUGCAUUAGCACCGUUAGGCGGUGUUAAUAUGGUGGCAAUCGCACUUUCUGAAUCUCAAACAAUUGAAGAUUUUGGAGCCGCAUUACAUUUAAUGCGUUCGGAUCUCGAACACUUGCGUUCAGUGUUUAUGGCAGUCGAAAAUGGAGAUUUGGGAAUGUUGAAAUCGCUCGGAAUUAAAGAUUCUGAACUUGGUGACGUUAAAUUUUUCCUUGAAAAGCUUGUUAACACAGGUUUUCUUGAUUAAAAUGUUUAAGACUUAAAAAAAAAAAGUAGUGGUUUUUAGCAAAAUACCACUACUAUUUUGCGCGAUUACGAAGUCACAAUUUCAUUUACCCUUAAACAUUGCGAAAAAAAAAAAUUUCAUCCACAACUUAUAAUUAAGAGUAAAAAAUGAAAGUAUAUAUAUUUAUCGCAUUUUUUGCUGUGCGAAUUCAACUAUAUAAUCAGAAGGGACUCGUGUUUAUUUUUCCAUGUAUAAGAUGAAAAAAUUUUUGUCGACUUUAAAAAUUUUUAACUAUAUACAUUUUGAAAUCGCAAUUAUCUCAAUCGGGAUAAUAAUAAUUAUUAUUAUUCUUUCAUAAUAAUAUCUUGCUAUACAAUCUUUACAAUUUUCCUAUUCGAGCUUAUCUGUACAGCUUUGCAUAAAAUAAAUGCAACAAUGGUACAAUAUUGUUAGCUAAUUUGUGAGGAGAGGGAGUAGUAAAGUAUUAAAUAUUUAAUACUUGCUAUUUUAAUUUACUUCCUACGUUGAGACAGAGAUGAUAAUCGUAACAUAAAUAUGGAUGGCCUAUUCAGAUUAUUAUAGGUUGCUAUUUAAAGUCAAAGUUAAAUAAUUAAUUUUUUUUUUUCAGUAUUAUUUUUUUAUUUAGAUAUUUUUAUUAAUAAUGAAUUCUUCCACCGGAAUAAUUUUCUUCCCAACUUUUACGUUUACUCAAACUUCCAUAUGUUUUUAAUUAUAGGAAGAAUACUAAUCACUCAAAAGUAAAAUUAUUUUUUAGCUUUCAAUAAAUGUAAGUGUGGUUCAAUAAUUUUUUUCUUCUAUCUUAAUUGAUUCCGUAGAUUGAGAAAAAUAUUGCUGAGUAAUAUGUUUUAAGUGAGUUUUAUAAGUUUUUAAGAUAAAAUAAAUAAGAGGUCUUUUAUUUUUUAUUUUUAACUUUGGAUAAAAGUUCUAAGCGUUUUUGAUCAAUCUACUGAAGCAGUGAAGCGUUUGAAAAAAAAUCCAUAAAAGUAUUUUUAUUGGCCAAAAUAGAUGAAAAUGCACUUGAACCUUCAGCUAGAUCGAUCUAUCCAUGUGUGAGAAUACCACUGAACUUUUGCUUACGACUCAACAGGAUGGAAGUUCUGUUUUAAUAAAUUAAAUGAUAAUUUUUUUUUUAUUCACUAUAAAAACUUGCGUCGACAUAUCAACUGCACUCAACAAUUGAUUAAUAUAAUCUCAGAUGUGUACGCUUAUUGCAGUUAUAUAUUUUGUAACCAACAUUUGACUAUUGAACUUAAUAACAGCUAUAAGCAUCAUUGUACCUGUUAGUGCAUUUAUGCACUUUUUCCAAUUAAAUUCUUUGAAAUCACCGUCAGAAAAUCAAUCAAUAGAUAAAAAUAGUAUAUCACAGAACUAUUAUUUAAAAAAUGAAAACAUUUUUUGUAUUCUGUGCGGAUAAAACUAUAAUUCUCAAAAUUUUUAAAUAAUUUUUUUUUCCAGAUGUUUUAGAGUGACAUUCUAUCCUGGGGUAAUAUUUUACAUAUCAUUCUUGAUGUAACAGAAAAAUUAAUCUUUUAUUUAUUUUCUUAAUUAAAUAAAUUCCUCAAUAUUUUAUUAAUAAAGCACUAUGCAUAUCAUUAGCAUUACAUAUCAGGACGUCUGUGACGCAUAAAUUAAAUUAGAUAUUUAUGUAAAAAAACUCGAAGAAUAUUUUUUAAAUUUACUGGCUAAAAAAAAGGAUAUAAACAAACAAUAUAAUUUUUAUGCAGUUAAAUUUUCAUUAUAGCCAUCUAGUGAAUAAUUUAUUUAUAUAUACUUAUAUUAAUAUAAAAAAGUAUUUCAAUUAUUAGGAUGAAAACAAUAAUAAACAUAUCAAAUUGCUGAAUGCAAUACAUACAUAUCAGUAGCAUUAAUUAAUAAUAAUGACAAAUCAAAUUAAUAAUAUAAUAAUAAGGCCAUACCGUAUAUCAAUAUAAGUAUUUCAUAUACCCUUCUUUUUGCUGUCUAGCUAUAGUUAUAGACAUAUUAAUUAGUAAUUAUUAGAUAUUUAAUAUUUUAGACGAAAUUUAAAUAGUAAAAAUUAAUAUCGAGUUAAUAUUACAAUUACGUUUGUAGGCGAUUACAAUAAUAUUAAAUUUGGAAAACAUAACAAAUAUUUACUGAAAAUUUUUUGGAUUUGCUAUUGAAUAUCCACCAGGAUAAUUAAUUUUAAUUUAAUUUGGGAAAAAUAAUAGAAAAUAAGAUUUUGAUUGAAAAAUACUUUUAUAAAAGAAAUGAGAACGAUCUUUAAAUUAAUUAUUGUUGUGAUUUAAAAUAGGGCCUAAAUCGCAACAAAAUUUUUAAAAGAUCUUUCAACUUAAUAAUGCCUAAGGGUUAAAUCGAAACAUUUUGCUUCUUAUUGACCCUUUAGUAAACUCAAAAGUAUGAUUGUUUCAAUAUUUUACAUCGGAGUUAAUAAGAACAUGAUUACAUAAGCACGGAAUGGCUUGAAGAUUGAUAAGGAAUUUAAAAUAUAUUUAAAUUAAUUAUAAGUGUAUCGUUUUUAACUACAGAUUGUAUUAACUGCUUCUUUAAAUUAUUAUCAAUUUUUUUUACUUGAUUAUAGUAAAAAAUCAGUUUUAAAUAAUUGUAAUUGUAUCUAUUGAUUUGAAUUAUGUCCAUUUAACUUGUAUUGUAUUUAAUUAAUGUUAAUAUUAGUUUACUCAAUAAAAUUAAUUUUGAACCUA